CCCUCACAUAACUCAAUCCCCACUACACUCUCUUUCUCUCUCACACACAAACACGCUCAAUGCGCGUACUGAUUUCUUUGAAAGAAAUUCAUAACUAAAAAAGAAAAAGAAAAAUCUUGAUUUCCAACCUUCUAUAUAUAUAGCAACAAUCAGCCGUGCAAAACGAAUCUCCUACAUGCUCCUCCGUAAACCGCCUUAAAUCCGUCAUCCCCUCCACCGGUCUCCGUGAUUUCCGUACACCUUUUUCAACACCGCUAAAUCAUGGCACCAAUUCUACUACUUCUCUCCGCCAUAUGCCAUUUGAUCGUGAUCGUCGGAUUAACCCUACGCCCUACCGACUUCCUCAUCGGAACAGAACCUCAGUUAAGCUUCAACCGGACGGACCUCCAUUCCGCUUCUCUCGAUUUCGGCAAAAUGACGAGUAUCGAACCGACGGCGGUUCUUCAUCCGUCUUCCGCCGCCGACGUCGCAAAGAUCAUAAAAUUGGCUUACGAAUCCGGUCACGGAUUCGUGGUAUCAGCGAGAGGCCACGGACAUUCAAUCAACGGUCAGUCUCAGGCAGCCAACGGUGUGGUGGUCCAAAUGAGCGGAUCGAGUGGGGCUCCGGUGGCGCCGGUGGUUUCCGAGAAGUUGAUGUAUGUGGACGUGUGGGGCGGGGAGCUUUGGAUCGAUGUGCUCAAGUCUACGCUACAAUAUGGACUAGCACCAAAAUCGUGGACUGAUUACUUGUACCUUUCUGUUGGUGGUACUCUCUCUAAUGCAGGCAUCAGUGGACAAGCUUUCAACCAUGGCCCUCAGAUUAGCAAUGUUCAUGAGGUCGAUGUCGUCACAGGAAAAGGAGAGGUGGUGACAUGCGCAGAGAAUAAAAACUCGGAAUUGUUUCAUGCGGUUAUGGGAGGGCUAGGUCAGUUUGGGAUCAUCACAAGGGCUAGAAUUGCAUUGGAAGCUUCCCCUCAAAGAGUGAGAUGGAUCCGUGUACUGUAUUCAAACUUCUCGGUGUUUACCCAUGAUCAAGAAUAUCUCAUCUCCCUCCAUGGUCAACCAAGCUCCAAGAAGUUUGACUAUGUCGAAGGUUUUGUAAUCGUGGACGAAGGUCUCAUCAACAACUGGAGGUCUUCCUUCUUCUCCCCUAGCAACCCUGUUAAAAUCUCCUCCAUUGCUGAUGGUGGCAACGUCCUGUAUUGUCUGGAAAUCACCAAGAACUAUUACAAUCAUUCCGACCCACAAUCUGUUGAUCAGGAAGUGGACGCUUUGUUAGAGAAAUUAAACUAUAUACCAGCAUCAGUGUUCACUACUGAUCUUCCAUAUGUGGAGUUCCUGGACCGGGUUCACAAGGCUGAGUUAAAACUCCGGUCCAAGGGUUUAUGGGAUGUACCACACCCGUGGCUUAACCUGUUUGUACCCAAAUCAAGAAUUGCUGACUUUGACCAAGGAGUCUUCAAGGGCAUUUUGGGGAAUAAGACCAGUGGACCCAUCCUCAUCUACCCCAUGAACAAAAACAAGUGGGAUGUGGAGACGUCGGUGGUGACACCGAAUGAGGAGGUGUUUUACUUGGUGGCGUUGCUUAGGUCAGCUUUGCAGAACGGUGACGAAGCACUGACAUUGGAGCGGUUGAGUGAUGAGAACCGUCAGAUUUUAAAGUUUUGCAAAGAUGAAAAAAUCGAAAUCAAACAAUAUUUGCCACAUUACACCACACAAGAAGAGUGGAUGGAUCACUAUGGAGAAAAAUGGCCCCAAUUUUACAAGAGGAAAAUGGAGUUUGACCCUCGGCAUAUAUUAGCCACCGGUCAAAGGAUAUUUGAGCCCAGUUUUAUUUCUAAAAUGAAGUCGUGGUGAAGUUUUAAGAAACGAUGUUUGUAUAAGUCGGUAGAUAUAUUGGUCUUUUUGCAUGUAGUAAUGUACAUAAAGAUAGACAAUAUUGUAGAUCAGAAGUAGAGCUAACCAUUUUUUGCAUAUUCAUUGAUAUAAUGAUUUUUAGGUACUUCAUAUAUCUGAAUUCAAAGUGGAAAUUGCUUUUCCAUGUAUUACUUGGAAUAACACAAAAUUAUACGAAGUGUCAGUUUAAGGUAAAAGGCCCAAUAACGAGC